AUGGCGAGUACAGCCUCAGAGAUCAUCGCCUUCAUGGUAGCUAUCUCGGGUUGGGUGCUGGUCUCCUCCACUCUACCCACCGACUACUGGAAGGUGUCCACCAUCGAUGGCACGGUCAUCACCACCGCCACCUAUUGGGCCAACCUGUGGAAGACCUGUGUUACCGACUCCACGGGCGUCUCUAACUGCAAGGACUUCCCCUCCAUGCUGGCUCUGGACGGUUACAUCCAAGCAUGCAGAGGACUGAUGAUUGCUGCUGUCAGUCUGGGAUUUUUUGCUUCCAUAUUUGCACUGUUUGGAAUGAAGUGUACAAAAGUUGGAGGUUCAGAUAAAGCUAAAGCUAAAAUUGCUUGCUUGGCUGGAAUUGUAUUCAUACUUUCAGGUCUAUGUUCUAUGACGGGCUGCUCCCUCUAUGCAAACAAAAUCACAACUGAGUUCUUUGACCCUCUUUAUGUUGAACAAAAAUAUGAAUUAGGAGCUGCUUUGUUCAUUGGAUGGGCUGGAGCUUCACUUUGCAUAAUUGGUGGCGUUAUAUUUUGUUUCUCCAUAUCCGACAAUAGCAAAACACCCAGAAUGACAUAUGCAUACAAUGGAGCCACAUCUGUCUUGUCUUCUCGGCCAAAGUACCAGAGUGGAGAAGGGGAUUUUAAAAACACAAGCUCUUCAAAACAGUUUGAUAAAAAUGCUUAUGUCUAAAGAGCACUGCUACAAAUCACAAAUCGAGUUUGUCAUUAAAAUGUGAACUGUUCAUAGAAUGAUUUCCAUCAAGGUUCCACUGUAAUUAACACAAACUAUUUUUAAAAUAUGGAUUGUAGCAUUUGUUGAUUUUAUGGAUGUAAAUUUUCUUAUAUAGUUAUGUACGAAUCAUUUUCUGUUGUGGCUUUCUUAUAAAAAAAUAAAUAGGUUUA